GUUGAUUACUACUAAGCAGACCACAGAUCGCUCUCAACUUGGUUCUCUCCUCAUCUCUCACCAUGCCUCUUUAUGACCUCUUUACUCUCCUCCAACAAUAAAGACAACCUUCUCUCGAACCUCCUUGGAGCCAGAUCCGCACCCGCAUCCUCCCCGCGCUCACAACCACUCGCCUUCCCCUUCUUCGACCAAUUCCACCCCACCUCCACCUCCACCUCCGCCUUCAAACCGCACAAUGUCACGGUCCUCUGCGGCGGCCCGUUCUCCGGGAAAUCAAGACUGCUAUCGCAUAUAUGCGCGCUGACGGUGAUACCUGCCGGCGGCCUUGCCGUCGUCCUCGAUCUCGACCACCGAUUCGUUGACGUUGCGCGCGACACGAUCGCGCUGCAUUGCGCUGCCACUGCUGCUGCUGCGAAGCAAACUCAGGGCGAUGAUGCAGACGAUCGUUCUUCUUCUUCGGACGAGCAGGUUGUAGCGGCGGGUGUGCUCGUGCUGCGUCCGACCCGCGAGACCGGUGCGUCGGGGCUUCUCACCUGUCUAACGCGUCUCGCGACAGCCGAGCUAUUCGAAGACCUCGUCGCCGCCGUCGACUCCUCCUCUCUUUUGUCCGAAUCAUCUGCCUGGACAGAUAAACGACACAUAUCAGGCCAUGUCCUCGCCGGCAGUGUCGCGUUCGAUCUACUAGCCUACGGCGACGAGCGCACCGCCUGCGCGCGAUCGACGCUCGAUUCCCCCGUCCUCGCUGUCUUUGUCGACGGGCUGGCCUCGCUGUACUGGCACCUUUCAGACCCGUCUUCGUCCUCUGCGCAGGUUUCUUCGUCCUCGUUGACGUGGGCGCAGGUCGCGUCCCGUACGAUGAGCGCGCUGCAGAGAGUCUCGAGGGUGUAUGGCUCUAUCCCCGCGCUCGCCUGCGUCACGAUUCUCUCGCCGGCGACGACCACACCGCGACAGUCUAUCCACGUGGCUGACAAGGCGUGGCCGAUGGUGCCUGGCGCGGACGCGUACAUCUAUCUCCAGCGAAUACCCCUCCGUCAAUGGCGCUAUGAUGCUCCGCAAUCUCACAACGCUGCCGGCGCCAAUGACGAUGAUGAUGCUGAUGAUGAAACUACGAGUCUUGUGUCUGUCCAAGUCAGCAGCGUGAAUGCUUCGACGGUGAAGGAGUUUAAGAUGGCAUUAAGUCAAGUGCACGGUGUCCGGUUCCGCGAGUAAAGCUACAGCUGUAUUAACGAUAACCACUCCA